AUGUUUGAAGUGGGUGGUCUCCUUAAAAACCAAAUUCUUUUUAUUUUUCUUUUCAAUACAUGCGUUCUUGGGAAUGGCAUCCCCCUGGUGACGUUUGGCCCUCGAAAGUUGGAGCCAAUGUCCAUUAUCCCUUAUUAUUUUGGGGAAGCCAUGGGCCAUCAAAUUUUCUUUCUUGAGAGUCUACGGGUUCAUAAGCUACAAACGUCAUACAACACCGUGGCCAGCGGAGUCGUGCUGAGACAAAACUUUAUCCAAGAAGCUCCUGGGGUGCGAAUCAGUGUACCAUCAGCAGCAGUUUCUUUUAUAUAUUGCACUUUAGUGCGAAUGCUGCUAAAUAAGGGGUGGUACGGACCCUAG